CGUUGAGGUUUAUGUGUGCAGAGCACUAGUGUCUGCAGCGCUCACGCAGUCCGUCAGAGGCGGAAUAAAAAGCGUAUUUUAGUCAGAUUAGUUUGUUUGUGUUUUUUUAACCGGUCGGCGCGUUUAUAUGGAAAUGAGGUGCGCCGGCAGGACGGCCAUGUUGGAGUUGAGCCCGUAAGCGAGUCUCCCCGCCUCAAGGCUCCGGGCCUCCCGGGCCUUCUGUCAGAGCCUUCAUCUUCAAAACAAGUCACCAUCAACAGCAGCAUGUCAAGCUCAGGCUUCCCCCCCAGUCAGGGGAGCUUCAGCAGCGAGCAGAGCCGCUACCCGCCCCACUCAGUACAGUACACCUUCAGUCCCGCACGGCAUCCAUCGGAGUUCACACUUACAGAAUACCGUAAUGCUCACCUGCAGGACCAGCAGCAGCGCCGUCGACCCUCAUUGCUGUCGGAAUUCCAUCCUGGAACCGAGAGGCCUCCAGAGCGCCGUCACGGCUAUGAGCAGCAGCAGUUCCACACCGUUUCGUCCCAGCCGGAUCACGAGGCCCUGGAUGCCAAGCGUCCUCGCAUCGAAGGCACCAACGAACCCCACCUGGCCCGUGUGCCGCCCACCAGCAUCGUCGUGCCUCUGUCACACCCUGGACAGGACGGCCUGAGAACCCCAGGGGACAUCAAGAAGGAGACGCAGUUCAGCGUGAAGCUGGAGGCUUCGUCCCCAGGAGGUGGAGGGAUUCAUGCCAUGGGGGAGGAGCAGGACGCGUCUCCUUCCAAGCUCUCCAAAGAGGAGCUGAUCCAGAGCAUGGACCGCGUGGACCGUGAGAUCGCCAAGGUGGAGCAGCAGAUCUUUAAACUCAAGAAGAAACAGCAACAACUGGAGGAGGAAGCAGCAAAGCCAGUGGAGCCGGAAAAGCCGGUGUCUCCUCCCCCUGUGGAGCACAAACACCGCAGCAUCGUCCAGAUCAUCUACGACGAGAACCGGAAAAAAGCAGAGGAAGCCCAUAAGAUCUUUGAAGGACUCGGCCCUAAAGUCGAGCUGCCCCUGUACAACCAGCCAUCGGAUACUAAGGUCUACCACGACAACAUUAAGACAAAUCAAGUGAUGAGGAAGAAGCUGAUUCUGUUUUUCAAGAGGAGGAACCACGCACGCAAACAAAGGGAACAGAAAAUCUGCCAGCGCUACGACCAGCUGAUGGAGGCGUGGGAAAAGAAGGUGGAGCGGAUGGAGAACAACCCACGGCGUAAGGCCAAAGAGAGUCGCACGCGCGAGUACUACGAGCGCCAAUUCCCCGAGAUCCGCAAGCAGCGCGAGCAGCAGGAGCGUUUCCAAAGGGUGGGACAGAGAGGGACAGGACUGUCUGCUACCAUAGCGAGGAGCGAGCAUGAGAUCUCUGAAAUCAUAGACGGCCUCUCGGAACAAGAGAACAACGAGAAGCAGAUGAGGCAGCUAUCAGUCAUCCCUCCCAUGAUGUAUGACUCGGAGCAGAGGCGUGUGAAGUUCAUCAACAUGAACGGCCUUAUGGACGACCCCAUGAAGGUUUACAAGUCUCGCCAGUUCAUGAACGUCUGGACCGAGCACGAGAAGGAGAUUUUUAGGGAGAAGUUUAUGCAGCACCCAAAGAACUUUGGCCUUAUUGCCACUUAUCUCGAACGUAAGUGUGUCUCAGACUGUGUACUGUAUUACUACUUGACCAAGAAGAGCCAGAACUAUAAGACACUGAUGCGACGCAACUUUAACAGCCGUCGUCGAAGAAACCAGCAGAUAACACGGCCCUCACAAGAAGACAAGUCCGACGACAAGAACGAGGAGGACAAGUCGGAGAAAUUGGACAAGAAAGAGGAAGACGAUAAGAAGGACGAGGAAGAGAAAGAUGAAAAAGAGGACUCGAAGGACAUUAGCAAAGACAAAGAGAAGUGUGAGGGAGAGGACGAGGAGGGGAAGGAGCAGAACACGCCACGCGGCCGGAAGACUGCUAACAGCCAGGGACGGCGCAAGGGCCGAAUCACGACACGCUCCAUGGCCAACGAAGCUGCCAGUAGUGCUACAGAGGAACCACCAGCAGCAGCGCCACCGCCUCCACCACCACCACCACCACCACCACCGGCACCAGCACCAGUACCCGAGCCUGGAGCUGUAGAGGCCGGAGAGACUUCUCGCUGGACAGAGGAGGAGAUGGAGGUGGCCAAAAAAGGGCUGGUCGAGCAUGGCAGGAACUGGUCAGCCAUCGCUAAAAUGGUGGGUACCAAGAGUGAAGCUCAGUGCAAGAACUUCUACUUCAACUACAAGAGGCGGCACAACCUGGACGACCUGCUGCCUCCGCCCAAACAGGCAUCCAGGCGCUUGCGUGAGCGAGAUGCAUCUCAGAGCGACAGUGUGGCCACGGCUUCCGCUGACGAUGAUGAAGAGAACCCAGACGACAGUGAAGGUGCAGAGAACACUUCAGACACGGAGAGCGCGCCGUCUCCCUCUCAGCCAGACACGUCCAAGCCCUCGGAGUCCCAACCCCAAGCCCCAGAUCAAGAAGCUACCGCCCCCAAAGCAUCUAACGCGGACGCCAAAGCUCAGGAGCCCUUCAACGAGCUGCAGGUAAAGCUGGAAAAAAGUCCCGAAGGAGCAGCGGUGGACGAAUCCAUGGUUAAGGACGAGGUCCAGCUGCAACCUAAGAGCGAACCUCAGGACACAGAGACAGCAGGAGGAGGAGGAGACCGGGAUUUGCAGGUAAAGACCGAGCCAGAGUUGAGGGAGAGAGAGAAGCAGAGCGAGCAGCCGCAUUCCGACAACGACUCAAGUGCCACCUGCAGCGCCGACGAAGACGUUGAGGCAGAGCCAGACAGACAGAGGUUGUUCUCUCUGGAGAAACCGUCGAUUCUCGCCGGCUCUGGAUCAGUCGUGGUGUCCUCCAGCAAGCAGGCUCCGCUCAGCAUGCAGCAGCUCCAGCAGCGUGCCGCCACCAUCCCGCCCAUGGUCAGUCCCCCUAGUUCCCUCCUUCACUUCUCUAGCAGCUCUGCCGCCCUGGCCAGGCCCAGGGACUGGGAGAGGCUUGGGCACAGAGCCUCGCCCCGGCCGCCUCGCCACGUUGCAGGUCCGUUUGGGACGGCUGGUGUUCCUGUAGGAGCUCCUCUGAGCGGCUUAACCAUGUUCCAGCACCAGAUCAAAGCAGUGCACGAGUCUGCGCACAUGGAGGACAACCAGAGACAAGAGGCCGGAGAGAUGGAGCGUAGGCCGCGCUUCAUCACACGCAGCCCCACCGUUCUCGACCGAGAUGGUAAGCCACUUACCUACAUGUCGUACGAUAUAAAGCUGAUGGAGCAGGAGGCUCACGCUGCAGGAAGACCAGGUUCACCCUACAGACUGUCCCCUCGAGAGCCAAGCAAAGCAUCACCCCAACCUGAGCCUAACAACCCUGCCCGCUACAGCAUCCCACCAGUCCUGCAGCCCGCUCCUAACCAGGUGGUCCAGAACCUCUCGGAGGGAAUGCGUGUGCCAUUCGCCCGCCACAGGACCGCGAACAUUCCAUCCCCGCCUCCGCUCAUCCCGACGUCCAAACAAUCGGACAAGCCCACCUUCAUCCAGGGAGGAUCCAUUUUACAGGGAACGCCAGGCACGUAUCUGCCCUCACACACUCAUGCCAUGUAUGAGGGAGUUAAGAGCGCUGGAGGAUCCAUCUCUCUGGGACUGCCAAGACAACAGGACCCUGCCAAACCUGUGUCCUACAUAAAGCAGGAGGAAUGUUCACCCCGUGGGCAAAGUGCUCAGGCUGAAGGGCUUCUCUCCAGGGCGCAGUAUGAAGGAAUAGUCCGAGGAGCGCCGAUGCCUACCAUCCAGGAUCUGGCAAGAGCAUCUACUGGAAAAGGCCCUGAGGCACACUCCUUAAGAGCAGGAUCCAUCACACAUGGCACUCCAGCUCUUCCACAGUCCAGCAUACCGGCAGAAAUGCUAAAGGUCAAGCUGACUGCUGAGGACCUGAGCAGCCCAGAGAAGGGCCGAGGAGAGCCACUGCCUAAAGGCCACGUCAUCUACGAGGGCAAGAGUGGUCACAUCCUGUCGUUUGAUGGCAUUAAGAACCCCAGAGAAGGUACUAGAAGCCCCAGGACGGGAUAUGAGUUAAAACGCACACACGAGAUGAUGGAGGGAGCCAGAGGACAUCCUGGAAGGGAGGCCACACCUUUUGAAGGUCUGAUUAGCAGGGCGUUGCCUAGAGAUGGCUCACACCCCGACUCCAAAGAGCGGUCCAUACUCUCAGGAUCCAUUAUGCAAGGGACACCUCGAACCUCCACUGACGCUUUUGACGAGGCCAAGUAUGGUAAACAGAUCAAGAGGGAAAGUCCACCAAUCCGCUCCUACGAAGGGGGAAUCACCAAAGGCAAGCCGUACGAGGGCGUGAACACCAUUAAAGAGAUGGGACGCUCUAUUCAUGAGAUCCCUCGCAAGGAAGUACCCGACAACCGCAAGACCCCCGUCUUGGAAGCAUCUAUUUCUCAAGGCAUCCCUCUGAAGUAUGAGAGCGGUGGCGCCAGCCAGUCGGCCAUCAAGCACAAUGUUAAGUCCCUUCUCACCAGCCCGGGGAAACUGGACGACUCCAAAGUACAAGAGCGCAUGCGACACGCAUCAGUCGUCAGCUCCACUUCAGUGCUGCGCUCCACACACCAGGAGGCAAGCAAGGCUCAGCUCAGCCCAGGGAUGUACGAGGACGCGAAUGCCCGCAGGACCCCCAACUAUACCAGCGGCUCCAUUUCCAGAGGAUCACCCCUGCUGCGGGCACAAGAGGGGGGCAUAACGUCCGGGAAGCCUGUGUCCCACGAGAGAAAGAGCACGCUCACCCCAACCCAGAGAGACAGCAACCCGGCCAAGUCUCCUGUAUCCGGAGGUGAGCCGCUGGCCUCUCACAGCCCCUACGACCAGGUGUACCGUACCGUACCGUCAGGUGUAACUCACCUGCCCCCUCAUUUGGAUCCUAACAUUUUCCACACAGCGCCCUACAUGUUUGCACGACAGCCGUCCCCCACCGGCUACCACAACACAUACCAACUGUACACCAUGGAGAACACGCGCCAGACGAUCCUGAAUGACUACAUCACCUCGCAGCAAAUGCACGUCAUCCCUCGAGCCGAGGUCACCAGAGGCCUGUCACCCAGAGAGCAGCAGAUCGCCAUCCCGUACGCUGCUGGAGCCAGAGGUAUAAUUGAUCUAGCCCAGAUGCCUCCCACCAUCCUGUUGCCUCACCCUGGGGGAACAGGUUCCCCUAGCUUGGACCGCAUCACGUACCUCCCUGGACCUCAACCCCCUUUUCCUCCUAGGGUUUUCAACCCAGCCUCCAUAUCUCCAGGACACUCUGCACAUCUCGCAGCCAGCAUGGAGAGGGAAAGAGAACGGGAAAGAGAACGAGAAAGGGAGCGCGAUCGUGAACACAGAGAACGAGAGAAAGAGAGGGAGAAGGAACGAGAGAGGGAGAGAGAGAGGGAACGAGAGAGGGAGCGGGAACGUGAGCGCGAGCGUAUGGCAGCCGCUAGCGAGUACAUCCGUACAUCAGCUCAAGAGCAGCCUGGCAGACCCGGUAGCCGUGGUUUCCUACGUUCCCCGUCCCCCUCAAUGAGGCCCCAGGAGAGUGUAGUCCAGCAGAGGCCCAGCAUCUUCCAGGGCACAAAGAGUGUCAUCACACCUCUGAUCAGGCAGAUGCCCCCUGCACCGGCCACCGCACAGACUUCGUCCCGCUACAACACGGCGGCAGAUGCGCUGGCUGCACUGGUGGACGCCGCUGCUUCCGCACCCCAGAUGGAUGUCGCGAAGGUCAAAGAGGGUAAACACGAGGGCGUCGGUGCCCGUGACGACGAGGUUAGCCCCUCGCGAGCCAUGUCACUUCCUGCUGGGAAGGCAUCACUUUCUGUAUAUCCAGACGGAGGCGCGACGAGCGGCAAAGAUAAACCGCCUCCAACCAAGUCUCGCAUCGAGGAAGAGCUGCGCACGCUCGGCAAGACUACCAUUACCGCGGCCAGCUUCAUCGACGUCAUCAUCACCCGUCAGAUCGCGUCUGAAAAAGACUCGCGCGAGAGGGGCUCCCAGAGCUCGGACUCCUCAGGAAGCUUGUCUUCGAGUCGUUACGAUGGACAGAGCAGUGGAGCCAUCGAGGUGAUUAGCCCGGCAAGUUCUCCGGCUCAGAGAGAGGAGAAGAACGACCGGUCCUUCUCCUCAGAGAAGAGCUCUCAGCCAGCCCCAGGCCCCGUUAGAGGAUUCGAUAUCGCUCGCUACAGGCAGCAGGUGGAAUCGGGCCCUCCAGCAGCGCCACCUCCACAGACCCACCGGGUCAUGACCCUGGCUGAUCACAUCUCGCAUAUCAUAACCCAGGACUUUGCCAAGAAUCAGGACCCUCCCCCUUCUUCCAGCGCUUCUUCCGCCUCUUCCUCAAUCUCUUCUACAUUCCAAAACUCCGGAGUAUUAGGCAGCAGCUCUCGCUCCAAAGUGACAAAUCGAUACAGUCCGGAGAAUCCCAUCAACCCCGCCCACCAUCAGAAACCAGCCAGUCGAGUGUCCCCCGAGAACGCCUUGGAGAAAUCCAGAUCCAGGCCAGGUAAAUCCCCUGAACGUGCCGGUGGCCGGGCCGCUGAGAGUUAUGAGCCCAUCUCCCCACCACAAAACUACUCGGGGCUGGAGAAACAAGAGAACAGUCUGCUUCAGGGCCAGAGGCGUGACCAGGACCUUUCAGAGCAGAGAACGGACUCGCGCUCCCCAGGCAGCGGCAACUAUUUGCCUGCUUUCUUCACCAAGCUCGAGAGCACGUCCCCCAUGGUGAUGUCCAAGAAACAGGAGAUCUUCCGCAAGUCUGAAGUUGGUAAUACACAGCCAGGCACGGAGAUCUUUAAUUUACCAGCAGUAACAACCUCAAGUAAUGUGAACCUUCGGAACCACUCCUACAGUGACCCAGCCAGCAACCUCGGUCUAGAGGACAUCAUCCGUAAGGCUCUGAUGGGGAGCGUAGAUGAUAGACAGGAUGAGCAGACACAACAAGCUCAGUCUGUUUCUUCAGCAGCAGGAAAUAACUCUGAGGGGCGACAGGAGGCUAAUCCGUCUCCCAGCACAGGUAGAUAUUCGAAGCAGAAGCUCCAGAGCAAAGCCAGCAGCAGGAAGUCCAAGUCGCCCAACCCGGGCCAGGGAUACACAGGUGGGGAGCGACCCUCUUCUGUCUCCUCUGUACAUUCUGAAGGAGAGUAUCACAGACAGGCUCCCAGCUGGGCUUGGGAAGAUCGGCCCUCAUCUACAGGUCCAAUGCAGUUCCCGUACAACCCUCUGACCAUGCGCAUGUUGAGCAGCACACCUCCCACCUCCAUGGCCUGCCCAUCUCCCUCCAUGCAGUCCCAGCAGCAGCCAGGGGGAGGAGCCAGUGCGCCGACUCGUGCCUGGGAGAGGGAGCCGCCGCUGCUCUCAGAGCAGUACGAAACCCUCUCGGACAGUGACGACUGAGCCGGUCCUCGAACCCCGACCCUUUCGACCUCCCUCUGACCCCUCCCUUCCCCGGACCCCAGGGUCACCGAGAACCGUGUCCCUGUCAGGGCGGCCCAGCUAAUACACAUCCUGCUCAGUGCUAACUUUGAGUAGGGAUUGCCUGGGGGGGGGGUGGCGCUUCUGGUGCUUUCAUUUCCUCUUGUGCUUGUAGAAAGCGUUGCGAGAGAGCCACGGCCUGGUCGUUCCAGGAUAAAAGAAACCGUGCCCAGAAGCUUUAUUGCGCUUGUCUGUGAAUGAGCAAACACAAAAUGUCAAAAUGAAAAGAGGAUGAAGAACUUGAAAUAUUAAGACUUCACACUUGUUAAAUUUCUGUAAAGAAAUAGUUUGUCUUCAAAAAAAAAAGAAAGAAAAAUUUAUGUAAAUAGAGUAACCUUUUGCAGUGUAAAAUGUUUUUGUUUUUUUCUCAGACUUUUUUUUUGUGUUUUAUUAUUACUUUUUAAAUCAGAUCCCUGCUGGUUUAAGAAUAUAGAGAAAGUUCUUGGUCUCAAUGUGAAAAGUCUUGAAUCGUUUCCCCAGCCUCUGACGGCAGGCGUGAUCUUGAACCGAUAAGAGCUGAAGCACCAAGGAAGAGAGCGUAUAAAUCACACAGCAUGUCUCCGUAGCAUUGGAGGCACCAGGGUCACCACAGAUUCUAUAAACGCGCAUUCAACCUGUUACACGGAGUGCAUGAUUUGAGUUCAUAUGAACAAGUUGAGAACACUGGUGUCGGAGCCGGACGAUUCUUCAGUAAAAGAAGAAAUACGAGCUGAAUGUUUUUUUUUCUUUCUUUUUGUCUUUUUGUUUUUACCCCGUCCUAAAUAUAUGGAUUUUUUUUUUGUCGCUCUGUGGUGAACCUCUAGUUGUGAGAGAGGAAACCCGCCAUGGUUCUGGUGUCUGCUUCAGAGUGUGGCUCUGUGUGGUCGCUAGCAAGUGCUCGAUGUUCUGCUGUUCUUUCUCCUUUAUUUCUCUGCCAGAGGAACACCAGAGGAAGCUGUUUGACUUUGGAGAGGUUCUUGGUUCCCUUCACUUGGAGGAGAAAUCAAACUGUGAUCUUCCUCUUUCUCUACGUCCUUUUUUUUUUUUUUUUUUACGAUGCUGAAGUAAAUGCUGAUCUAUCUACCCGGGGAAAAAGAAGAAAAAAAAAAGGAGAAAAAAAAAAGCUUCUGUUUGUCAUAACUCUGCACCACUGUUGCACUUUUUGUUUUUGGCUUACUAACUUUUGACAUGCGUACUACCUGUAUCUAAGUUAUUGGAGCUUCUGCAGAGGUUUGGACUCUUCAGCCUUAUUCACAGUUUUGCAAUAAUCCUUCAACAGUUUUUUUUUUUUUUUCUUCAAACCUUGCCACCGUUUCCUGUCUUGUCUUGACACUUGAUCUUCGCUCUAGUCUAUGGUACAGUAAGGCUGUUCGAGUUGCUGCUUUGUAGUGGUGGCUUUCACCUAUAAAUCACCAUAAUGUAACAGACAAUAAGCUCAGUUUCAGUUAUCUGCACAAGUAUAGCUGUAUUUUCUAUGGCAAGACCCUAAAAAGUUUCAAUCCGUAGUGCAAUUUCUUUUUUUUUCCCUUUUUUUCGCUUUGCUCAAGUAACUAAAACCUGUCUGUUUUAUUUUUUAUUUUGUUAUAUUUAAUUAAUUUCACUUCUGAAAUAUGAAAAAAAAAAAAGCCCUAGAGCUCAUGUUGAGAUUUCAUUCCAUCAUUCUCAACAUUGUUGUUAUUCAUCCUUUUUAAUGGGAUGCAAAGUGUUUACAUGGCAUUGACAAAAAAAGACAAAAAAAAAACGGUGAUGAAACUUGAAUCUUAAGAAAAAGAAAGUCGCUCAUUGCAUCAGUUAGUCUAUUUUUUUAGUACAACACCAUGCAGUGGUAACUUUUUCUUUUUUCUUUUGUCCUUUUGGAAUUGAGACUUGAAAUAACCCGUGUAUCCCAUGUUGUUGGAAAGCAAUGUUUGUAUCGCACAAUGUCUCUUAAGUAGCCAAUUACAAAAUUUUCAGACCAAUCAAUAAAGUGGAUUAGCGCUCCACCUUUCUGAAAAUUUA